CAAAAUGUCUCUGAAGCAACUCUUUGUCUAUGCCUGCCUGAUCUUGGCAUUGAAUUGGACUUUUACCUCCGCCGAAACCCCAGUGAGGCAAUGUGCCAAUGAGAGCAAUCCGCUGCCGCUGAUGGUGCAAAUCAAUGACUGCGAUGAGCUGCCAUGUGACUUAACCAAAGGCGAGGAAGCCACAAUUGCCAUACAAUUCGUAGCAACACGCAACUCAAUGCGUCAACUAACUGCGCGAGUGCAUCUGACUUCGUUGGGUGUCACCAUUCCCUAUGAAUUGGAUUCCGAGCGUGGCAAUGUGUGCCAGAAUCUGUUGCAUGGCGCUUUUUGUCCCCUCGAUGCUGGCGAGGAUGUCACCUAUAGAUUAAUGCUGCCUGUGGCCAGCAAUCAGCCCGAGGUGCCAACGAGGCUGCAAGUGACGCUCUACGAUGCGGAGAAUGUGGAUCAAGUUGUUUCCUGCUUUCUGGCUGAUACCAGAAUUAAGAAGUCCAGCUCUUAAGUUAAGUUUGUGUGGCAGACAUUGUAUCAAUGUUUGGCCAAUUAAUGAUAGCAACUACAUACAUAUUUAUGCCGUAAGCAGCUAACCUUUAAGCCACCCAAAACACUAUUAGCCAUUAUGAAUAAAUAAU